CUGACUUUGACUUGUAAACGAGUAGACGACACAUUUUCCCGGAUUCUUCUUCUUACAAAAACUUCUUUCUUAAAUCUAUCGAUUUUCAAAGACGUGUAAGUUGUAAACAUUAGAUCUGUGGUGUAAUUUAAUCCUCUUUAAUCCACGUACUCACACCCCACGCUGUCUCUUUCUAUAUAAGAAGUCAUAGCAUUGCCUUCCCCUUCACUCCCCACCACCAUGGCAAUCUCUUCUGCAGCUUGGCUACUCUUCUCCUCUUUUCUCUUUCUCUCCCAUGGCGUUCUUCAGCUUCAAGCUUCCCAUCAUCUUUACAGAGACAUUAAGGCUUCCUCAUCUCCUCCUGCACACCAGCCUUACAGAACUUCUUAUCACUUCCAACCCCCCAAGAACUGGAUCAACGAUCCUAAUGGACCAAUGAUUUACAAGGGACUUUAUCAUCUAUUUUACCAGUACAAUCCGAAAGGUGCGGUGUGGGGGAACAUUGUCUGGGCACACUCAACAUCAGUGGAUUUGGUGAAUUGGACCCCACAUGUUCCUGCCAUAUACCCAUCACAACCGUCGGACAUCAAUGGUUGCUGGUCGGGUUCCACCACAAUCCUCCCCUCCGGUGAACCAGUCAUUCUUUACACUGGAAUCAACCCACAGAACCAGCAAGUCCAAAACUUGGCCACACCCAAAAACCUCUCCGACCCGUAUCUGACGGAAUGGGUCAAGUCCGCCAAAAAUCCACUAAUGGCCCCUACUAUAGCCAACCAAAUCAAUGCAAGCUCAUUCAGAGACCCGACCACCGCUUGGUUAGGCCCUGACCAGAUAUGGAGAGUGAUCAUCGGAAGCAAAAGGAAUCGCCAGGGAUUAGCUAUUCUAUACCGGAGCAAAGAUUUUGUUCACUGGACUAAAUCUCAGCACCCACUUCACUCGGCAAAAGACACCGGAAUGUGGGAGUGCCCCGAUUUCUACCCGGUUCCAAUCAAUGCCAAUCUUGGCGUUGACACGUCAGUUAUCGGCCCGCAUGUUAAACACGUGCUCAAGUUGAGCCUGGACGACACCAAACAUGAUUACUACACGGUCGGAACUUAUAACGUGAAUAAGGAUAUUUAUGUUCCAGACAAGGGACAGGUGGAUAGCGAUUCCGGGCUGAGAUAUGAUUAUGGAAAAUUUUAUGCUUCAAAAACUUUCUUUGAUAGUGCAAAGAAAAGAAGAAUCUUGUGGGGUUGGAUUAAUGAGUCCUCCAGCGUCGAAGAUGAUAUCAAGAAGGGAUGGUCAGGAGUUCAGGCAAUUCCAAGGAGUAUUUGGCUGCAUAAAUCUGGGAAACAAUUAGUGCAAUGGCCGAUUAGCGAAAUUGAAAGGCUGCGGGAAAACCAAGUCAAGUUGCAUAAACAAGUGCUUAAGGGAGGAUUAGCACUUGAAGUUUCUGGUGUCACGUCAGCACAGGCUGAUGUAGAGAUUUCAUUCAAAACAAUUGAGUUGCAAAAAGCAGAAAAGCUAGACCCCAAGUGGACCAAUCCACAAGCACUUUGUAGCCAAAAGGGUGCGUCAGUAAAGGGGCGGCUGGGACCAUUCGGGCUGCUGGCUCUGGCUUCAAAGGGCUUGCAAGAGCAAACAGCAGUGUUCUUCAGAAUAUUCAAAGGUCAAGACAAAUAUGUGGUGCUCAUGUGCAGUGAUCAAAGCAGGUCUUCCCUAAAUAAUGGUAAUGAUAAGACCACUUAUGGGGCUUUUCUAGAUGUCAACCCUUCUCAUGAGGAGCUGUCACUUAGAAGCUUGAUCGACCAUUCAAUUGUAGAAAGCUUUGGUGGAAAGGGAAAGGCAUGCAUCACAGCUAGGGUUUAUCCCACAUUGGCAAUUCAAGAUGAGGCCCACUUGCAUGUUUUCAACAAUGGCACUGAGAAUAUUCAAAUCACAAGAUUUAGUGCUUGGAGCAUGAAGAAAGCCCAACUCACUUGAGGGUUGAGAACUCGAAACUCUAAUUAUUGUGUUAGUGUACGUUUGAAAUAAAAUAUAUUUUGAGAGUUGAAACUCUAAUUA